AUAGUGUGCGACUGUGCGUGUAAGAAAUUUUCAGUUGCUCCGAAAGAAGUGAAAAGUUGUGUCUCGCGUUAGUUCUUGCAAAUUUAUUCAAUUUUCUGCUAAUUAAAAUCAUAAUAAAUUAACUAAAAUUAUGCCAAACAGUAGCUAAAUUUGUGUGCAAGUGUUUUCAAGUGUUCCCAGUGAAAAAUUCUCCAAGAUAAUUGCCGCAAAAGAAGUUUGAAAAAAAAAAUACUCAAAGAAGUAAAAUAAAAAAAGGAAAAACUACACAAUGGGUAAACAAAAAAUUUACUGUGCAAAGUGUGAGAAAAAGUGUUCUGGCGAAGUUCUGCGUGUAGCUGACAAACAUUUUCAUAAAACUUGUUUCCAAUGUUGUCAGUGUAAGAAAUCAUUGGCAACUGGGGGCUUCUUUACCAAGGAUGGUGCAUACUUCUGUAUUCCGGAUUAUCAGAAGAUGUAUGGUACCAAAUGUGGUGCUUGUAAACAAUAUGUAGAGGGUGAAGUCGUAUCAACCCUAGGCAACACCUAUCAUCAAAAGUGUUUUACGUGUAGCAAGUGUAAAAAGCCUUUCCAGUCAGGAAGCAAGGUAACUAACACUGGCAAGGAGGUGCUUUGUGAAAGUUGUGUCAAUCCGGCAUCACCACAGAAGCAGCAAGCUUCGCAGCAACAAUCAUCACCAAAGAGGGAAGCUGCAACGACUCCAACUAGUCCGACAAGAGCAACUGCCCAUCAGCAAAACACUGGUGCUAUUCUAUCAGACAAGGCUAGCAUCAAAGAGGAUUAUGAUCCAAACGACUGUGCUGGGUGCGGGGAACUUCUGAAGGAGGGUCAGGCCCUUGUUGCUUUGGACCGCCAAUGGCACGUUUGGUGCUUCCGAUGUAAGUCCUGCAAUGCAGUCCUUAACGGAGAGUACAUGGGCAAAGAUGGUGUGCCCUAUUGCGAGAAGUGCUAUCAAAAGUCGUUUGGCGUGAAGUGUGCUUAUUGUCAACGCUUCAUCAGUGGAAAGGUCCUUCAGGCAGGCGACAAUCAUCACUUUCACCCAACUUGUGCUCGAUGCACAAAAUGUGGUGAUCCCUUUGGCGACGGUGAGGAAAUGUACUUGCAAGGAAGUGCCAUUUGGCAUCCUCGUUGCGGCCCAGGACCCUCAGAAUCCGGAAUUAUACUGAACGGUGGAACCAAUGGCAACUUUACAGAUACUGAGUGUGAUCGCAUCAGUACCAGCGCUCUCAGUGAGAUGUUUUUGCGUUCGAGAACACCGAGUAUUAAUGGUUCUGUAUACUCUUCUAGCCGAAAGCACUAUCGUACAGUUAGUCCCGGCUUGAUUCUGAGAGAGUAUGGUCGAUCUGGGUGCGAUGAUAUUUCUCGCAUUUACACGUACAGUUAUUUGACCGACCAACCGCAUUAUUUGCGAAAACCAAUUGAUCCGUAUGACAAGACACCAUUGUCGCCACACUUUCACAGACCGUCGUCUUACACUAGUUCUGGCAGUCGUCCACCAUCACGACCACAUUCCCGCAAUCGAAGUGCUAUGAAGGUACUUGUGGAUACUAUGCGCUCGGAGACUCCACGUCCCAAGAGCCCUGGCAUGAAUAACGAAGAACCAAUUGAACUAUCACAUUAUCCGGCUGCCAAGAAACCACCACCGGGCGAGAAGCCAAAGAUUGAACGUGAUGAUUUUCCAGCACCACCGUAUCCGUACACGGAUCCAGAAAGAAGGCGUAGAUAUUCGGACUCUUCUUACAAGGGUGUACCAGCAUCAGAUGAUGACGAUGAAGUUGAUAAUGCGAAAAAUGGCGGAGCACUUGAAGAAGCACGAUUAAGAAGAGAAGCCGAAGAAUUAGAAAAACUAAAAUCUGGAAUUGGCUCGGUUAUUGCAAAAGAUCUUAAAGAACAUGCUAAAUAUAGAAAAUGGAAGCAAAAUAAUCUAGAUCCGAGAAAUGCUUCGCGCACACCCUCAGCAUCGAAGGAACCUGUGUACAAACUAAGGUAUGAGUCCCCAGUUGGUGCAUCACCCUCACGUAAUUUGGAUCAUCAGAAACCUUUCUACGAAGACGAAAUGUUCGACCGUUCUACCAGCUACAGAGGUUCGGUUGGUAAAUCAAUUGGCAACGCCCCAAGCUACAACGUGGUGAGUUCGCUUCGUCAUGUUCCUAAACCCGGAUACGGCUUGGCUCCUCGCUCUCAUACUUUCAGUUCUGCUACAACUUCAGGUUCUGCUGCACAAGUUGCAACUGAUUUUUCAUUUGGAGGCUUGGGAGACAAAACACAUAGUACAGAAUUCAGCUGUGGAAAAUCAGAAGCUUCAGUUGAUUCAAUUACUGAAAUAGAUCGAAGAGCAUUGAUGGGAGGUGACUUGCCAGCAUCAAGCACAUAUUCCGGUGCAUUGUCUUAUCACUAUCCACAAGCUGGUCUUAUAAGGAGAAGCCUUCCAAAUAUGGCACACUCUAUGCUUGUUCACGAACCAGCUAAGAUAUAUCCGUAUCACUUGCUGAUUAUUUCAAACUACCGUUUGCCAACAGAUGUUGAUCGCUGCAACUUAGAGCGACAUUUAUCGGAUGUAGAAUUUGAACACAUAUUACAAUGCAAUAGAUCGGAGUUUUAUCGGCUACCACAAUGGAGGCGAAACGAAAUCAAAAGACGCGCAAAACUUUUCUAAAAACACAAUCAAAGUGUUUAGAUAUUUGUCAGCUUAAAUGAAAAGAAAAGAAAAACUAACCUCUAGUUACAAACUAAAUGAAGUUAGCUUCUGAAAAAGGCAAGAAAGAGGUUUUUUUCAAACAAAAAUAAAAAAUAUAAAAUGAUUACGAUAUAGAUAACAAGAAUAAGGCAUUAGGAGUUCUUUUUUGUUUGUUUUUAUUUAAAAUUGUAUGACAUUGAUUGCGUUAAAUUUUUAAAGACGAAGGUAUUUUGUUAUAUAUAUAGAUAUACAUAUUUUUUUGUUUGUUAUUUAUUAAAGGACAUUUAUGUCGUUUUUUUUUUUGUUUGUUUCAAAAGAAAUAUAAUAUAUAUUCGCUAUUUUAUAAUUUGUUUACAUUGCCAAUUUAUUGAACCUCAUCAUGGUCUCCGUUCGUAGAGGAACUUUCCAUAAUUUGUACAAACUUACAAAAUUUACACCGGAAACAAAGUUCAAUCUAAUUGCUUAUAGACUAGAAGAUAGUGAGCUGCCGAUUUUUGUCGGUCUUUCUGCGAUUGUUUGUCUUUUUAAUGUAGUCAUACAUUUCUGCGAUCGCUUGACUUUUGAACUAAACAUUAUGGUAUCUGUGCUUAUCAAAAUUGUGCGUUACCAAUCAAUUAAGAUCUAUUGUAGUACAAAUACAAAUAAUGACUGCCUACCAUUACUUUCAGCCAUAAUUGAGUUUCGGUGCACUCUUAAAAAAAAAAACAGUUUGGAAUUAUGUUUGGAUGUUUGAAAUGUUAAUUUUUCUUCACAUUGUUUCAGUGUGGAUAUAAAAUAUUUAACUUUUCUAACAUCGCUGGAAAAGAUAUUUCUUGCAUUACAAGCUUUAUGUCACCUGUUGACUAACAUUUAAAAGUGGUGGCCUAAAUAGCACCUUAAUAUUGAUACCGAAGAAGUAAUAUAAUUUUUUAAUUUGAAUACUAAUUAAAAGCAUGGUAACAACUUAUAACUCGUUCUUCUACCAACAAAGUCUCCUCUGAACGAAUACCGUGAUAGGUCUAUUUUUUUUUAAAUUAUUUCUUUUUUGUUUUCAAAAGUGUGCUAGAUCGUUUUAUUUUUAUCUAACUAUUAACUACUUACAGAGAGUAAAUUAAAGAUUAAAGAAAACUGCUUUUCAUGGAAUAGACUGUAGAAUUUUAAGAGAGUGUUUUUUAUAAAGGAUUUUUUUCGGAAUAAAACACAAAAGAGAUAUUAUCGCCUUUAAGCCUAAACACACAUUUGUGUGAUUAUUUGUAAAAGAGUGUUUUAUUUUUUUUAUUAAAAAAAACAUUUAUGUAAAAAUUAAGAGGAAACAAAACAAAAUUACAAAAAUGUGUGCUCUACAAUUAGCUGCAUAUAUAUUUUUUUAUAGAUUAAUACAUGUAAAUUUGUCUAUCUUCGAGCCUUCGCAAAGAUAUCGGUGUUCUUAAAAUUCACUGGUUUCUUUCUUUAAAAAAAAAAAAACAAAAAAAUAAAACUAACUUAUAUAAAUUGAAUAUACAACUUAAAAUUUAAAACAAAAGAGAUAAGAUUUGAAAAAAAACACUUCCAGUGACUACAAAGUAACACUUUACAAAAUAGAUAUUUUAAUAUAACAUCCUUAUGUACCCCGCUGCAACUAUGCUCAUAUUACCAAAUAGCAAAUAGUGAAUGAAUAUGGUUUUUAGUUCAUUUUAUAGAACAACGUUCCUCCACCACUUGCAAUUUUUUCUCCUAAUAAUGAAUAAAUGAAUUAAAUAGCUUUUAUUGAAAUUUUAAUUUGUUAAAUUCAUCGAGACCUUAUAUUGAAUUGUAAUUGUUAAAACAAUAUCAAUGUACCUGAAAGUGCAUUUUUCAAUUUUUCGAAAAAAAAAAAAAAACACAAUAAUGAGAACAAUUUCCAACAAUUGCAUGGACAUUACACAUUUACACAAUAUCCUCGUCCACUCCUCAAUACGAUAUUAUUUUACCCUACACUUUUUCUAGACUAGAGCGGUAGUAUUUGCACUCACAAACACCUUAAACAGAGACACACACUAAAAACACACACUUUUCACCCAAAAAGAAACCUACGAAUACUGCUGAUUUUAAAUUUAACCACAUUCAAGAAAAAGAUGUUAGUUAAUAAAACACUAAUAUUAAAAAUUACCAAAACUUUCACUUAAAGAAAAAACAAAAAAUAUAUGAAGUUAAUUCACUUAGAUUAAAAAUAAACUGAAGUUAAAAGAAAACAAUGAAAGAGAAUAGUAUUUAGGAGCGGAUGAAGUCAAUAUUAAAUUUAUAAAAUUAUAUUUUUUUUUUAAUUUAGAAGAAAACAAAUUAUUGUAGCAUCGUGGUAAAAACAGAAUUAUAAAAAAUAAAUAAAUUAACAUCAAAGAAUAUAAUAUAUAUUAUAUACUAUUUAUUAAUUAAUAUAUAAUGCAUUUUUAGAAUAAUUAAGAUAAACAACAACAAAAAAAAUACAAUAAAUAAUAAAUGCAAUGUUUUGAGCUGCUAUUACCGUCUUAA